ACCCGCGCGUUCGGCCGUCUUUCAUGCGUUGAACCCGUGGAUAGUAGUUAUAAACUACUCGCGGUGCUUGCAUCUCCUUCAGUCUGUUCCAGACAUCCGACCUAUCAACAUCGCAUUGAAAAUAUAUUACAUAUAGCACUAUAUAUAUUUAUAGCUUGCUCAUCAUUAGUUUAUUAAUAAUCAAGAUUUUUAGUGAAUCCAUAAAGUAGUGCAGAUAUUACAUAUCAGUGCCAAGAAGAGACACAGGCAUCAUUUGCAAAAGUUUGUGUAAUUCAAUUUUCCAUUUUUUUGGGCCUGUUGCUUGAUUAGACUUAUUGUCACAGUGCUUCGCUUGAGUUUUAAUCGCGCCAAAAACUCGCGGAAAAAAUUGAUAACACUACGUCAUCGUUAGCGUGUACUAUUUUCUCCAUCAAGUUUGGGAAAAGCUUUUCAAUCAAAAUAAUAAAACAAGGUAGGAAGUGAUUAGUUGAACGUAUUGUGUAACCGCUUCGCCGCUUGUUGAAUUUGAAGGAUUUCAACCAAAAAACCAGCACCAAAGCGAAGUGAAGACAUCAAAGUUCGUGAAUUUCGGCACCUAUCCACGGCGGAAUCGAAGCUAAGUCCAUUACCAUACGUGAGCGCUUACGAACGUUAUCGCACUCGUUGGCAUUAUCGCAUACAGUUCAGAGCGACGACGACGUAUCGCUCGAUAUCAUAAACUCUCCCAAAAGAGAAAGAGACGGUAAAAUACUUGCGUCGCUACUACUCUCAAGGCAUAUACUCGUUCGGCACGCAUACACGUACAUAAAUACGCGCCAGUUCUGUGUUGUCGCUCGGCCGCUGCUUGCUGUGCGCGACAAGAAUAGUGCGGGAAAAUACAGAGGGCGCCUCGCUGUUGGGGUAGACAAUUGUCACGCUAGUUUUUCGCGCGCUUCUCCAACUCCCGCCCUUUGGCCGUGCAACGAACGCUCGGCGCUGCCACAAUAUACGGUCCCACCGCUCUGCGCGGCGGCGAGAGAGACCAGUCAUCGCACUCACUCGACAAUCGUACUUGGGAGUGCGCGGCCACCAAGACCCUCGCUCAUCAGUCUUUGCUCACACUUCGUCGACGUUGCGUUAAACAUUAUUAGUUCAAGCAACAAAUUCUGUGCUUCUAAAUGUGUUGAAUUUUCUACAACGAGUUCGUCGAAUACAAGAAGAUUAUCCAACCAGUGAUCAAUUUUCUUUUUAUUUUCUACGCUUCGAGAGGCCCGUGCAAUAGUGGAAUGCGAAUUGAUCGAAGAAUUUGCUGCUGCUGCUGUUUGUGCUGAUAUUCGUUGCAACCCCUCUCGGCGCGCCACAUCACACCGCACAUACGCUAUAUGAAGUCGUAGCUCGCCUCUCGAUCUUCAGCUUGAAAGUGGAGUGUUUUUUUUUCUAGUAAAGAAAACUAGGAAGAAAGUUGAAAAAAGCUCCAACUUGAGCUCUUAACUGUUUGGAUAUUGCAUCGAAUCAAGGAUAAAUCAUCAUGUCUUCGCGCACAGCACCCAAAACACGUCUUACCAAAAAAACACACAACAAUACUUGGCCUACUGCAAACAAAGGUUCAAAAAAAAGGAGAGCUGAAGCAUCAGAAGAUGACAAUUUACCUCCAACCAAAAGAAGUUUAUCCUGUGUAGAAGUUGCAGAAACAUCCCCUGAAGUUUGUAUUGCUGCUAGUCCAGCCAGUGUACCACGCACUCCAUGUGAAUCACCUAAGAAAGGUUAUUACUCUGAAACAUCUACCUGGUCUGAUUUGAGGAUACCUACAUGCUUCUUAACACCUUCAACUACACAUCACGAUAAGAAAUCAGGUCCACCAUUGCCAUCUUUACCUUGGGCUGAUGGUUCUGAUGUUUGGUCAAUCAUGUGUGUGAAUGAUCAAAAGUCAACUGCUCAAAGAGAUCCUAACUUGAUGGAAAGACAUCCAACAUUACAGCCUAGAAUGAGGUCAAUUUUGUUAGAUUGGGUUAUCGAGGUCUGUGAAGUCUACAAACUACACAGAGAAACUUUUUACCUAGCCAUGGAUUAUUAUGAUAGAUUCAUGUCCACCCACUACGAUGUACAAAAAGCUCAACUUCAACUUGUUGGAAUUACAUGCUUAUUUAUUGCUGCUAAAGUUGAAGAAAUUUAUCCACCCAAGAUAAGUGAAUUUGCAUAUGUCACAGAUGGUGCUUGCAACGAAGAAGAAAUUCUGAAACAAGAACUCAUUAUCCUGAAAGGUUUAGGAUGGACUUUAAAUACAAUUACUCCUUGCACUUGGCUUAAUAUCUUCUUGCAAGUCCAGUCUGGAGACUGGUCUAAACCAAACACAUUCAUAUACCCACAAUAUGGUGGAACAGUUUACACUAGAGCAUCACAGCUAUUGGAUUUAGCAAGCCUUGACGAAGGUAGUUUGAGGUUCUUAUACAGUCAUAUGGCAGCUGCUGCUCUAUAUCACAUCCAGGGCCGAGAAGCUGCAUUAAGAGUAUCAAAGUUGAGUUGGGAGCAACUCGAGCCUUGUGCUCGUUGGAUCGAACCUUUUUACAUAUUCUUGUCAACAGAAGAAAGGCCUCAAGAACUGCUGCGUGCCAAUAUUCCGAGAAUCGAAAUCAAAAAUAGAUCCUUUUUGAAAGCGACACUCCCAAAUGUUGUGUUGGACGAGACCCAUCGAAUCCAAACACACGUUACCGACUUGGAGAUGCUGGAAAUAGCCCAAAGCUUACAACUCGAUGCGAUCACUACCCUCGACUCGAGUCCCGAAAAGACUUGUCUACUCACGCCACCCAGUAGCAGUCAUAAAUCAUCGGCCACGCCGCCUCACAGAAUUCCAUCUAGCGAAGCUUACACGUGAUCGCUCGCGCCUCACGUUGCCAUUCCAGCGUCUAACGCAAUGCUUUUACGAAAAGUAUUUUUUUAAAGCUAAGUUGAAUAGUUGAUACGAAAAUAACUUUUCGAGAGGAUUGACGAAUGAAUCAUUUUUUUCCAUAUGAAUUGGUGUGGAAACAAAUGUAUCAUGACACAGAGAAAUACGUGAUCAGUCAUUGAUUUUAGCUUUUAAAGAGUCAAUAUUAUGCAAUUUUAAUCAUCAAUAUUAUAAUUAUGAUUUGAUUAUGGCAUGUUUUAUGCUGCCUAUUAUAUAAAACGGAGUGUUUUCGAUGUAACGACAAAAGCUCGAUCGAUUUUUGAUGAUCAAUUCUCUCCAAGGAUUAUUUUGACUAGAAUUAGUACUCUUAGGAUAAAUUCGAUAAUCAAGUUAUUUACUAACUUUCAUACAGUGACCAAUAACGCCAAUGCCGCGCGUCAGGAUUGCUUUAAAGUGCAGUCAAAGUUAUUCAUCUUUCAAAAACUAGAGAUGAAUAACACUUGAUAUUAAUUAAAGUUUCGUUCAAGACCAUUAAAUGCCUUGGAUGAAACUUUAUCCCAGAGAUUUACUAUUCCAAAUUUUGUGCUACCAGAGUUUUCGCGAUAGAGAUAUAAUAUUGAUAUUGAAAUUUAUAUGUAAAAUAUGCAUAGCUUUAUUUCUGAUACAUUAUUUGGAAUAGCAUAUCAUUAUUAAUCGUUAAAAUUCAAGCCAACUUGAUGUAUCUAGUUUUGCAAGUAGCUGCAGGUGCCAAGUCUUGAACUGAUUAAAGUGUAUGUGAUAGUCCUUCAAGGAUGUGUGCUGGAUGAAGCAUAUCUGUACAUAGAUUUUGAACUGAAUGCGCAACUGUAAACAGAAUUAUACUUUUGCUGCAUGAAAUUUUUCAAUUACUUGUCUCAUGAAUUUUGAAAAUAUUUACCAACCAUACCAAAGGACAAACUACAAUUUUGCAAUUUUCACUAUCAUGAAAAAUGUCAAUUGCUUCAAUUUUAGUUCAGUCUUACUUGAAAAUUGCAAUUUAUGAAUUGCAUACUCAUCUAGUAAUGAUUGAUAUUUUACCAUUUUCAUUAUAGUUUUUAUCUAUAUUAUAUCGAUCUAAACAAAAUCAUGAAUUGAGUAAGUGAACAGUAAUAAUUUACAACUGUAUAUAUAAAUGAACUUAUAAAUAUUGUAAUUAUCCACGCCAAAAGGAUAUUACUAAAUUUUUGAAUUGAUUAUUAAUAAUAUAGCAUAAUAGAGAUGAAUUAAUGAAAUAUAACUAAACUCUAAAAAAUUAAAAAUGUUUCUAUUUGAGAGCUAAGUCAGGAAAAAAAAUAGAUUCAAUAGGAUAAAUUUCUAAUGAAACGCAAAUAAUUCCUGCUGUACAUACUUGAUAUAAAUAUAAAAUUAACCUGUUAUAUGUAAUAUUAAAAAGAGUCGCGUUACGAACUUCUGUGAAGUAAAAAGUCCUAAUAAAAAAAAUUAAAAAUUAAAAAAUAUAAAAAAUAUAAAUCAAUAAAUAUGCGAUGUAAAUUCGCAUAUUACUGUGAUUAGACGAGCUACAGACUCCCAAAAGCAAGUGCCUUAUUUGUCAUGGAACACAUAUUUUUGAGGGGUCUCCAAUAUAAAUAUUAGUCUCCACAGGCUGAAAUAUAUUGAAAAAGUAUGCAAAGAAUAUUAAUGAAAAUUUUAUAAUGAAUCUUGAAAAUUCAUUUUUCUCUAAUAAUACAAAUAAGUGCCUUUUUACCUGUGCUUGAGCACAGGUUCUUUUAUCAAAUGGAUGUAGAUGCAAACACAUCUUUGUACAAUAGUAUUUUAAAAUAAAUAUAGAUUAUUAUGUAGUAACGCUAGGCGAUGCGUUAUAUUUUUUAUGUAAAUAGUUAAAUUAUACGAAAAUUGUUGAAGAAAAAUAGUGUAAGUUAUCAAAUUGUUUAUUUGUGAGUGUCGCGAUUCGUGACUUUUAAGAAAGUCCAUAUUGCUUACCUAAAAAGAUUUUGACCAAGUAAAUAAACUAAAAUUCAUGUAUGAUUAUGUUUUCUUCGAAUUUGUACUAACAAAAAAUAUUGAAAUAAAGAAAUUACAUGAACAAUAA